AUGGUUAUGAUGAUGGUAGUGAUGAUGGUAGUGAUGGUGGUGAUAGUUGAUAAUUGUGAUACAGAGUCCGAAGCACUCAGCUUAGGUCUCAAGUUUGCUACUGGCAUAAGGAAGCCUAAAUGUGAGUUAGACACAGUGAUCAAAAACCAUGACUUCGGUGACUCUGAAUUUAACAAAGGUUUCAUGCAAGGACUUAUUGCAGCUGCAGCUUCUGAACCUAGUCGUCCAGUCAUUCCACGUGCAGCUGGGGACCUGCUCCGGGGGGUGGACGUCCCCCAGUUCGCCUUCGCUGGAGGUCAAGCUAAUCUGACCUGUUCCUAUGACCUGAGGUCAACCAGACUCUACUCCCUCAAGUGGUACCACAAUGGUACCGAGUUCUACCGUUAUGUUCCCACUGAGCGGAACACGCCUAUCAAUAUUAAACCUAGCCACAAGUUCUCCGUUACGGAGGUGUUCCGUAACGAGCACCGGGUGAUGUUGUCACUGACAAGACUGACAGUGUCAGCCUCGGGAGACUAUCGUUGUGAAGUGAUUGCUGAACAUCCCAGCUUCCGUACUGAGACUUCCAACGCUCCCAUGACUGUCCUCAGGGAUACACUGUCUCCGCCAGUGCUGGUGGGAGCCAGGGAGAUCUAUGAACCAACGGAGCGCAUCAAGAUCGGUUGCCAACCUAAACAGCCUCUGUACGACGGCCACACUCCUACCUUACAGUGGUUCAUUGAGGGAACCCAGAGUAAGAAGAAGCUGCAAAACACAGCGGACAAGUUGAAAGCAACGGGACCAGGCAGUGUAUCACACUGGGCUCCGGCAAAGAGAUCACAAACACUGUGUAAACCUAUAAACAUAAUCAGCAAACCUUUGGAAACCUUCACCAGUAAAGGUACCUGA